GUGUCGCCGCUCGGCGCUGCCAUGCUGGCCCCCGCCGCCUGCCCGCCGCUGCUGCUGCUGCUCGCCGCGCUGCUCUGUGGAGCAGCGGGGGCCGCCCGAGUUAACAAGCACAAGCCAUGGAUUGAAACCACCUAUCAUGGCAUAAUUACAGAAAAUGACAACACGGUGCUCUUGGACCCCCCUUUAAUAGCCCUGGACAAAGAUGCCCCUCUGCGGUUUGCAGGUGAGAUCUGUGGAUUUAAAAUUCACGGGCAGAAUGUUCCCUUUGAAGCAGUGGUGGUGGAUAAAUCCACUGGUGAGGGAAUAAUCCGCUUGAAGGAAAAGCUGGACUGUGAGCUGCAGAAGGACUAUACCUUCACCAUCCAGCCCUACGACUGCGGGAAGGGACCAGACGGGGCAAAUUCCAAAAAAUCCCACAAAGCCACAGUCCACAUCCAGGUGAACGACGUGAAUGAGUACACGCCGGUGUUCAAGGAGAAGUCCUACAAGGCCAUGGUGAUCGAGGGCAAGAGGAACGACAGCAUCCUCAAGGUGGAGGCCGUGGAUGCAGAUUGUUCCCCCCAGUUCAGCCAGAUCUGCAGCUACGAGAUUGUGACUCCAGAUGUGCCCUUUGCCAUUGACAAGGAUGGUUAUAUAAAAAACACAGAGAAGCUGAGCUAUGGUAAAGAACAUCAGUAUAAACUGACAGUAACAGCAUAUGACUGUGGGAAGAAGAGAGCUGCUGAGGAUGUGUUGGUUAAAAUUAGCAUUAAGCCUACAUGCAAGCCUGGCUGGCAAGGUUGGAGCAAAAGAAUAGAGUAUGAGCCUGGCACUGGUUCCUUGGCUCUGUUCCCUGGGAUGCAUUUGGAGACGUGUGAUGAGCCAAUAACCUCCGUUGAAGCAACGGUUGAACUGGAAACCAACUAUAUUGGUAAAGGCUGUGAUAGAGACACCUACUCAGAGAAAUCCAUCCACAGGCUCUGUGGUGCUGCUUCUGGCACAGCUGAGCUGCUUCCCCCUCCUAGCAGUGCUGCAAACUGGACCGUGGGCCUUCCCACGGACAACAGCCACGACAGUGACCAGGUCUUCGAGUUCAACGGCACCCAAGCUGUGAAGGUUCCAGAUGGGGUUGUCACAGUCAAUAUGAAAGAGCCCUUCGUGAUUUCGGUGUGGAUGAGGCAUGGACCUGGAACCAGGGAGAAAGAGACAAUUCUGUGCAACUCAGACAAGACAGAUAUGAACCGGCACCACUACACCCUCUAUGUCCACAACUGCCAGCUCAUUUUCCUCUUCUGCCAGGACCCUUCGGGGAAAACCUACAAACCUGCUGAACACCCAGCUUUUGAAGUUCCUCAGUACAACAGAUAUGAGGUUCUGGAUGUGAAAGGCCAGUCAGUGGAUGAUGUGGACAACGGUCCAUCUACACCAGAGUUGCCAAGGUGGAGGCCAGUGAUGAGUGAUGUCCCUCAGGGCUCUGUCUUGGGACCGGUGCUCUUUAAUAUCUUUAUCAAUGACAUAGACAGUGGGAUCGAGUGUACCCUCAGCAAGUUUGCAGAUGGCAUGAAGCUGAGCGGUGCAGUUGACACAACAGAAGGAUGGGAUGCCAUCCAGGGGGACAUGGACAAGCUCAAGAAGUGGGCCCAUGAGAAUCUCAUGAGGCCAAGUGCAGGGACACACAUGUCGGCGGGGGCAGAAGAGAAGCCUCCACUUCCGCCCUGCAACGGGAGCAACCCUGGCCACCAAGCAACCGCCACAUGGCGGUUCCGCAACGGCUGUGCAGCAGGGGCGAGAGAGCCGCCCGACCCGGUCGAUGGCUCCGCCCACGGCGGCUUCGAGGGUCCGGAGCCGAAGCCGGGCUUCCCCUCGGCACCAGAGGCUCUGAAGCCCCGCGCUACCCCCCUCACCGGGGUGGCAACGGAAGCCACAAAAGCUGCAGGCAUCCAGAGUGCCCGCAACGGCUGGGACGGCAGGGACGGCUCCCGCCUCCGCCGGUCUCGUGGACGCGGCAGCGCCUGGAGUCCCCCUCUUCGUGUAUUCGGAGGGACCAGCCGGUCCCCAUCCUCGCCACUCGAGCCGCUGACAUAA